CAAGUCCUCGGAACAGCGUGUGUUUUGAUUGACAGCCCAGGUAUCGGGCUCUUAGCGUGUAUAAAUAGUGUCUUUAACCUCGCGCUCAACAAGCGACUGAAGAACUGAACUCUGCUGUACAGUCCGUUCAGGAUGCCUGGAUCACUUCCUGCUGUUUGUGAGGCCGCGUGGCCCAAGGAUGUGGGCAUCAUCGCCCUGGAGGUGUACUUCCCCUCUCAGUACGUGGAGCAGGCGGAGCUGGAGGAGUUCGAUGGGGUCUCAGCCGGUAAAUACACGGUGGGGCUGGGUCAGGCGCGCAUGGGCUUCUGCUCGGACCGCGAGGACAUCAGCUCUCUGUGUCUGACCGUGGUGCAGCGGCUGAUGGAGCGCAGCGGCCUGUCCUACGACAGCGUGGGCCGGCUGGAGGUGGGCACAGAGACCAUCAUCGACAAGUCCAAGUCCUCCAAGACUGUCCUGAUGCAGCUGUUCCAGGAGUCGGGCAACACUGACGUGGAGGGAGUGGACACCACCAACGCCUGCUACGGAGGAACCGCUGCGCUCUUCAACGCCGUCAACUGGGUGGAGUCCAGCUCCUGGGACGGCCGGUACGCUCUGGUGGUGGCGGGGGACAUUGCUGUGUACGCCUCGGGCAGUGCCAGGCCGACGGGGGGAGCUGGAGCCGUGGCCAUGCUGGUGGGACCCAACGCCCCUCUGGCCUUCGAGAGAGGGCUUCGUGGGACACAUAUGCAGCAUGCGUAUGACUUCUAUAAGCCUGAUAUGGUGUCAGAGUAUCCCGUGGUGGACGGCAAGCUCUCCAUCCAGUGUUACCUCAGCGCUUUAGACCGCUGCUACUCCGUCUACAGGAACAAGAUCCACGGCCAGUGGCAGAGAGAGGGUCUUGACAAGCGUUGCAGUCUGGAAGACUUCGGCUUCAUGGUGUUUCACUCUCCUUACUGUAAACUGGUGCAGAAGUCUCUGGCUCGACUGAUGCUCAACGACUUCCUGUGUCACCCCAGUCCAGACACCGAGAGCGGGCCCUUCAGCGGACUGGACGCUUUCAGAGAUGUGAAGAUCGAGGACACUUAUUUCGACAGAGAUGUGGAGAAGGCCUUUCUGAAGGCCAGCUCAGAAGCGUUCGAGAACAAGACCAAGGCGUCUCUCCUGAUCUCGAACCAGAAUGGUAACAUGUACACCCCGUCGGUGUACGGCUGCUUGGCUUCGGUCCUCGCUCAACACACACCGCAGCAGCUGGCAGGACAGAGAAUCGGUGUGUUCUCAUACGGCUCAGGCUUUGCUGCUACGCUCUACUCCAUCAAAGUCACACAAGACGCUACACCGGGAUCUGCUCUGGAUAAGCUGGUCUCCAGUCUGUGUGACUUACAGGACAGACUGGACUCCAGGAAGAAGGUUUCACCCCAUCUUUUUGCUCAGAACAUGAAGCUCAGAGAAGAAACCCAUCAUUUAGCAAACUACACCCCUCAAGGCCCGGUGGAGGACCUCUUCCCGGGAACAUGGUACCUGACUCGUGUGGACGAGAAGCAUCGCAGACAGUACUCCAGACGCUCGAUGAGCGCUGAGCGACCGCUGGAGGCCGGACUCAUCACUUCCUGCAUCACAGCCGAGCAUAUCCCCAGUCCGCUGAAGAAGAUGCCCCGCAUCCCCGCCGCCACAGCUGGCCCUGAGGCGCUCGUCAUCAGUAACGGGGACCAUUAGGUUUACCUCCGUGAGGUGCACACCAUGGUCUGGAAAACCCCCACGCAGGACUUCUGCAGCCGGAUCACUUCUCAUUGAGUCUGUGAAACUCUUUUUAAUGUCCAGGACAGACUCCGCUCGACCGUCACUGUGCUGAAGAUGGCAGAGGUCUCUCACAAACUGCUGCUCAGUCGUCUAUGCAGAAAUCCUGAAUGCUUUCAUUCGUUCAAGUCCAAAAUAUCUACCUGUUGGCAUUCCACAAGCUCCACGCUGUCUUUUUUUAACCAUCAAACCAACCCCCUCAUUUAAAACAGACGUUUAGGAGAAAACAUGGAUGUCUUGACGAUCCAAACGCUGUCUCUGUCCUCGUCAGCGGACGUCUCUGUCUCUAGUCAGUCUCAUCACCAUGGCCAUGUCAAGAAAAUGUGCCUGGAUCACAUAUUAAUGAGCCAUAAUUCAAGCAUUACAUUCUCCUGUGUAGUAAUAACUGUUCAGUCGCUGCUAAACCGGCUUCUGUCAGCAUUUAUGUCUUUUGAAACAAGAAUCAUUUAUUUGAUUUUCAUGCUAGCCAAAGUAGAUGUUCAUUUCUAUGAACACAGACGAUUGUACAGAGGAUAAAAACAAUGUGAUGAUAAUUUAGUGACAAUGGGUUAAAGCUAUGAAAUAGUAUAAUAAUCAGUUAAACUGGUAACAUCUUUUGGACAAAAGAGUGUGUUGGUGAUGAGAGUGAGAACGAGCACCAUCUGUUCGUCAGCUGGACACCAACUAAUAAAAACUGUCAUCAUUUACUCAGCCUUGUUUCACACCAAACCUGUACACUCUCAGAGGAAAAAGGUACAAAAGCUGUCGCUAGGGCCGUACAUUUUCAAGAGAUAGACCCAGGGUCCAUAUUGGUACCAUAAAGGUAUAUAUAGUACGAAUAAGUGCAUAUAAGAACCCAAAGUGUACAUAUCAUACUUAAAAAAAUAAAAUAAAAUACUAUUAUAUGGAAAGCUUUUGUACCUUUUUUCCUGAGUAUGUGACUGACUAUCUUCUGAGCAGUAAUAAAAGACAAUAUUUAGAAAAAUGUUGGUUAACUGAGCAGUCCUGGUUCCCAUUGACUUUCAAUGAAUGUCAUAACAUCGUUCAUGAUACACAGAAGUCAGUUCUGCAGGUUUGAACAUGAGUGAGUAAAUGAUGUCAGACUUUUCAUUCUUGGGUGAACUGUGCCUUUAACUCACCCUUUAUCAACUAUUUGUAGAUCACAACUAACUCUAAUAUUCAUCGAUCUGUUGAGAAAUUGCUGAAUCGUUUUUAUGAUAAAAUGUUUGGCCUGUGAUUGUUUCUAACUACAGAGCACUUCUCUGAAACGAUGCAACUUAUUUAGAGAUUUAUUGAUUUCAGAUGUAUAAUGGGAGAGAAGCAAUAUUAGUAAUACAACGGUAUUGUAAAUGUUAGCACCUUAACACCUUGAUGCUAAAUGGUUUAUGUCAGAUAUACUAGGCUAAAAGCCCCCCCCCCCCCCCCCCUUAUAAAAAAAAAGAUAUCUUCAGAAAUAAAUAAUUGUUGAUUGCAUAAACACUGAUAGCAAGAUGGUAUUACCUUUCAGAACAUCCUUCAAUCCGUGGGUCCAUGUUAUCAUCUGAAUAACAAGAGCACUGCUUGUCCAUCCACUUUGAGAAGCCUUAUUCUGGCCAUGCACAGAACACAAAUAUUUUCAGAAAACUUUAUGGAGAGAUUUUUCUUUUUCAUUCUGCUGCCAACACAUGUUGACUGUAUAGAGUUGUAACUUGAAGCAGCCAAUGUUUACAUCUCCCUCGGAUUAGUUCAUACCAACAAUUGGUAAGUAAUGUACAGCACUAACUUAUAUUUGUAGAGGGACAACAUCUAUUUGUGAUCAGGUGUAACUUGCAGAAAACAAGCUGUAUGUGGGAAUCUGACGAUAUAUGAACUGAUGAUUAAAUGUUGAUUUGCUGA